UAUGAAUCAUUCAGUAUGCGACUGAAAGACAUGCCGACGAAACAUGAGCUCACGUUACCUUUUGCUUUCUAUGAGCGGACGCUUGGAGUCAAAUGUGCAGAGCUACAACUGACAGAGUGUAGUUUUAUUUUUGGAUCGCAAGCAUAGCAGCGCAUGCGGUCGUCGCCAUGCCGGGAGGAUGCUGUGAUCAUUUCAUGAGGUGUCUUUGGUGGUUUUUGAUUUCCUCUGGUUUGCAUCCUGUUUAUGGGGCCAAUAUCAGCCACUCUUCCCGAGAGAGGCCAUCUUGUCAACCUGGCUUUUACUGCCUCCCGGAAAGCUUCACUCCAAUCCCUUGUCCAAGGGGAACCUACGGGCCUGCUGCAGACGGUGUAGGAUUGGAAAGCUGUCUAAAGUGUCCUCCUCACCAUUACUGUCCCCGACCGGGUCUGUCCGCAUCCAUCCCUUGUGGAUUGGUGGCUCAACAGCCUCUGUCUGGACAGGACACUUGCAUCUGCCCGGGAAAGGGACAAAACUUUCAGAGGAGUGACGGGCAGUGCCAAUGUACCCUCGACUAUCAACCGACCAACAGUGAAGAUGUUUGUGUGCACAAAGUUUACAGCAUCUGCAGGGAUGGAAAAACACGCACUCAACAUGGAGACUGCCUGGACCGACAUGAGUGGUCACAUCACUGCAGGACACAGGUGUGUUCAUCUGCGGAAGACUAUGAGGCUUACGACGGAGAAUUAGGUCUGUGUGUGUGCGCGGAGACUCCCGGGCAAGCUGCGUGUGGGGGCCUAUGCAGGAAAAGGCUUGCGACUGAACUGAAACUCCCGUGCAAAUCCAGUGGAGAACUGGAGUUGGUAUUUAGUUAUCACAGUCAGGUGACCAACUUGUCUGGCACCAUACUGGAGAUGCUCUUUAAACUGUGGGACUCCCACGGGAGCCUGCAGUGUACUGGCAGCCACCUCAUCUCUUCACGCUCUGUUUACAUUGUUCGGACAAGCGAAGCAGGCUUUGUCGGCCUGCUUGGUGGCAGCCUCCCGGAGGAACUUCAGCAACUGUUGAUGUCAUUAACUGAUGUGCGCUCCGAUGCCCCGAGAGCACAUGGAGCUUCUGUCCUUCCCUGGGACAUGCACAUCGUGGAAAAUAUCAGCAGCGGUGGUGGGAACAUGAGUAGUAGUAAAAGUGUCACUGGAAUUAUCAACCCAAUAACUUGCCUUCACCUGGGUGAUGUUCUAUUGUUCACCGUCACCACUCGUGACUAUCCUCAGUACGAUAUUGACAACCUGUACAACACAAACAGCGAUUUUGACUGGGGUGCUCUGAGAAAACUGAAAGAGGAGCUGACUCUGUCCCGAACACCUCCCAGCUUCUUCUCAAUUAUCUUUAACCAGCCCGGAGUGUAUGUUUUUAGGCUCAGCAGCCAUCACCACAAACGUAUGUACGUACGUGUGAUGUUAGCGGGUGGCCAGUGUUACGAGCCGGGACCCUUCUUCUCAACUAUUCCACGUCACAUGACAAGAGUGGGGAUCAGGAAGAGACGAAACCUCUUACUCCGUCCCGACUGGCUGGUGACGGGAGGACUUCUGUUUGGAGCUGCCCUCAUCUUGUGUUUAUGCGUGAUAGUUUUGAUCCUUUUCCAUGAGUAUGGGUGGCCUGAGAAGAAGCCAAUCACAGCGCGGUAUCACUCACGGCAGUUGACCUAUCACAUGGAGGAUUACGCAUCAAAGGGUUCAAGGGUGAUCUCGCAAAUGAAAAUUCACAGAAAACAACAAGCCACAUGUAGGCUGACUUCUAUUCAACCAGGGCUCUCGGAGGAGUUCUGGGAUUACGAGCACCAAGUCGAUCUUGAGGCCUUCAGCAGCAACACUUUCUAUAACCUCUUGCUCAAACACAGCGUUUCGGUCACCGCACGGCUGGGACAGCUCACCACAGAGGUCAAGGAACUUUACCAAGGUGUUCUUGAGAAACUACGGCUGCUCCACCCUCGCUUGGUGGAUGAGGAGAGCACGGGCGACGUUUGCGACAAGACGAGGAGAGAGGUGGAGAAGGAAGUGGGCCGCAGGAGGUCUUUGGCUGCACACCUGAGGACGCUGCUCCACGCUCAGCUUCAGGUUUUGAGGCGAGAGCAGGAGGCGCAACAGAAGGUCCACAAUGUGUUCACAGCUCAACUGCGAGAAUGCACCAAAAUACUGGGCAAGAUCGACCAGACAUCUUUUGGACUGUACCAUCAAAAUUUGAUCCAGCGGUUAAGGUCCCUGGUGGGUGAGAUGGGGGGGCUGGUAUCAGCAGAAUGCCAGCGCCAGAGGUCUUGGGGGCUUUUGGGUGAAGGCACAGGGGCCAAGCUCCUCUGUCCUGACACAGGCACUGUGCUGAGCAAAGACAGCAUCUUUGGUUCUGACGGGUCCCUGCGAGACUGUUGCCCUGCUCAUUAUGACGCAGUAACCGGCCUCAUUAGACCAAAUGCUCAUAGCCACAUGUUGCUGAGCAGUGGUCACACUAUGGCGGUUCCUCCAAAUUUCUUCCUGCAUCCACAGACUGGCCAUGUUCUCCCUAUUCCCGGGAAUGUCGCCUAUGACCCUGAAAGCUCCACUUUGCUGAUCACAACUGAUUUGUGUGCAGGAGACAACAGGAAAUGGGAAAGCCCUCCUAUUCCUUUCAUUCCAUACCCAACCUCCUCCCACUCAAACCAACCUCAACCCAACAUCCGGCUCAGAAGUCUCCGGCCAGGUCAGAAACUGCAGCUAGGUGCCCCCAUGGCAGACCCAGACACUGGGGUCCCAGUACCUAUUCUUGCCAUUACAAUCCAUCCACAAACUGGUCUGGUCUAUCCACUGGGAAAGACACAUAUAUGCCCCAUUACCCGUUUACCGCAACCCAUCCAGAUCGGCUAUCCAAUGCUGGAACCCCGGACAGAAAACGUUGUGCUGACUGUUGGCAUCUGUAUAGAUCCUGUGACCGGUGUUGUGCUGCCAGUAGGGGGUGUCAUGCUGGGUGAGCCGUUUAUGGAGCCUCUGAGUGGGAGAAUGGCGAGAGUGGGUGGUGGGAGCAUCCAAGCCGGGCAGCUGGUGCCUCAUGCAGGAGGAUACCAGACACUUUUAGACAGCAAGGUUCUGGCAGUCAUGUUCAAAAUAGUCGAGCUCCUGAGGCCUCUGAGUGACGAUUGGAGCUCAGAACCGGCUUUGCAGCUCCAUCAAAGAGGAGAGCAAGCGUCUCGCUGGCACGAUAGUAUUGGUGCAGUGGCCGAGGAACUCCAUCUUCACUGGAAAAGGAGUCAGCAUUGCCAGCUGCAGCUGCAGACCAGACUGGAGAUCCUGCAGGACACCAUGGUGGGACUGCAUCAGGAUGGAUGCUCUCUAGGAGACAUGGCUCUGUCAGGCUCAAACGCACCAGUACCAGCCUUGCUGGGUAUGGACUACCCUGACCCAAUGGGAUCAGGUCUCACGAUACCAGUGUUGGGGUACCGGACUGACUUCAUCUCUGGAACAACAAUUGGGCUUGCAGGGACCAUGGAGGACCCCGAUGGCAAUGGUCUGGUAGCGAUCCGGUAUGGCUCUCAGGCAAUUGAUCCUGUAACUGCCACAUUGGCUCCAGUGGUUGGCGCCAGGCUGGAUGUGCUCACCGACACAGUUGUACCCAUCACGGCGUCUUACUGGCUGGCGGUGGCCGAUCAAACCGACACUAUGCAGGUGGAGGCUCUGGAGAGAGAAGUGCGUGUGCGGAACAUUUACUGGCAGCAGCAGAGGUGGCGGGAGGAGGACAUCCUCGCUGAUGCGGAUUCAGCUGUGUUCCAGUGUUUUCUCAGAGUGAUGGAAGCUGGCUGCUAUCAUGAGGUCCAGUGGUCAGGCAGGCCGCUAAGGGAAGCAGCCGUGGAAAUGCAUGACUUAGCUCAAACCGAGGCCCAGAGGAGAGCGGCCCAGCGUGCUGCCUUGGCUUUGAUCCUUCCUCCGCAUGUGUUGAACAUCCUCAUCCUGGUGGAUGAAGAAGAAUGGGAUCAGCAUUGUGUUUGGUACACUGAGUUGGUGUCAGGCAUCGACAUGAUGGACUUGCGCAUGGAGCAGCUGCAACAAGACCAGGACAAAUGGAGCUCACAAAGAGGAUUAGAGUGGGCAGCCAACGUCCAAUCUAUGGACCGAGAGCUGAGACUGGGGGAAAUAUUGGAGCAAUGUUCUUCCCGACUGUCAGAUUUGGAUGCUGCUUUCAUUAAGCUGCAGUCUGUUCGACACCUUUCCAAGCUACGCAGUGACACAGCUCAGGAAAUCUUGUGCGGAAACUUCUGGUACAAGGAAUAUGGCCUGAUUCGGUUAUGUCAGCCCAGACCGACUGGGAACGUCAUGAGUUUGCUCGAAAGGAAGAUUUUACCUCAGCUGGACAGAAUGAACCAGCAAUUUGUGAGUCAUAAACAGCUCGUCAACCUCAGCACGAACCGCAGUCACCAGUAUGCUUGUGACACUGGCCCGCAGCCAGAUAAAGAUUUCUUGACAGCAAUUCCUCCACCCAGUCACAUCGUCGUACCAACAAUUCCAGAGGAAGAGUGGACAAAUCUGCUGGAACUUUCGCCUCUUUUCCAACUCUUGAAAGGAGUGGAGCAAGAGCUGAAAGGCAAAAGCGUCAACCGAUUUGUGGAUGUCCUGGAACGUCAGUGGGAAUGUGAGGGAGAGUUGAUCCCGUUGAAACCCUCCAGUCUCAGCCCCAGAGAAUUGCUGGUGUACCAGCACGGACUUUUCCUCAUGCACACCAUGAAUGCACUGCACCUUACUCCAGACGUUUCUCUCCAAAUCGCUACAAGUCUUCCAAACAACAACUACCACAAUAACGCCUUCAGGAAUUCCUUCUUUUAUCAGGAAGAAGAUGAGACGCUCUUUGUCCGCCAACAGAGACUCCAUUCAGUUGGGGGCUUUUCCUUGUUGCUGCUGCACUGUUUGUCUCAUAUCGCAACCAAAGACAUAAGCAACGAUUCUGCCCCAGCCUUUGGAAGACUUUUCUGUAAGGUUCUGCAGGCAUCUCUUGGGGAGCUAUUUCAGGCCAAACUGGACUUGGAUGUCUCCUCCACACAGGAAGCCCAUUGUUCAUUUCGGGACGAGAAAUCCCCUCAGGGACGCUCAAAGUCUUUCAUUCUUCACAGUUGUGAGGAACCCUCUGCUUCUCUACCACAGCCAAGCGGCGACAUCGUGGAACUUGAGAGGAAACACAGAGAAACGUCUCUGGUCUCUCAACUCGAAGCGGUUUUAAGACAAAGAACCUCAGCAAGAGAGAAAAGCCCAAAAAAACUUUUAUGAAGAGGAAACAUGUUAGCAAACAUAAAACAUAAAUUGCACCAUAAGGUUGUUAUGUGAUU